GAAAUCCAAUAGUGUGUGAUAAACCUGCUUUCAAGAUUAUUAUCACUUUUUUUGUGAAACAGACGGUGACAAGUGUCAAAGCCCCACUUUUGAGAGUUUGCAAAACAUCGAAUAGAUACGAGAGAAAAGCUCAUCAACAAAUUCAGCUUUCUUCCAAGCUUGCCCCACGGGGUCUCCCCCGCGCGGCAAGCGAUUGAAGUUCAGCUCCUAAUGAAUAUUUCAAGUCGCUUUGUGCAACCAAAGCAUAGAUUCUAGACCGAAGAUCUUUCGUCGCAUGGCGAUUUCGUGAGAUUUGAAGGUAUGUGGAACUGAGCUCGAGAUCUCGGAUUUGAGCGAACUAAAUUCGGUGAUAUGACGAGUCAAUUUUCCCACAUUAGUUAGUUCUUCAGACAGAUCCAAUUGCAACACUUGUUCCAGCACUUUUACGGAUUCCCCACAAUAUAUCAUAAAGGCCGUAUACAGAUACCCGAAGACACAGCAAUCCUCCCACAGAUCAACUUAUCAGCCCUCAUUCUUCAUACUCACUGAGUACAUCAUUCACCAUGUCGAGCUUUCAACUACGAAGAACCGUUCAGGUUUACCAGAACCCACUCAUAUCUGCUACAGUUCCGACUCUCAUUUUCACAGCCAUGAGAGCCACAGCUGUGUCUGCUCGGACAUACCAAAAUGGCGGUCCAUGGCAUACACCAGUAAAUCCAACCUGGAGACAGAAUCGUUUCUAUGCAAUAAAUCGACGGGAACCAAAGCAAAUAAAGAAUAUAAUAGACGUUUUGACAGUCUAUGCCUCAGGUCGGCAGAUUCAAAAGACAAUCAAAACGUUAGAAAAUGACGCCAAAGUCCAUUUAGACGUGACUGCAAGGGUGGACAUGAAACUCAUCCCUGCCUAUGCGACCUUGCUCGACUUGACAAUGAAGAUGGUUGCGGAUGCAAAGCCCCCUGAGCUAUGGAACCAAAGCCAAAAUGGGGAAACCUUUCGCCAACAAUUUCCAGAAUCUCUACGUAGCACAGUGAAGUGGAUACAAAACAAUUCCAAGGCACUCAAACCCCCUUCACAUAGCGUCGUGGAUCUGGCACAAUCAGCCGUCAGACCCUUUGAGGAUGCCCGGGACUUGUGUCUUACAACGCAAGACCGUCUGGGUAGAAUUCAUGAGCAGAUCAUGGACAUGCAACAUAAUAUUGGUAUUUUCAACAUAGAGCUAGAACGAGCAGACAAAGUACAUCCCAGAGACAGAAAGAUGCUGGCGCAAGCACGGGAUAAUGCAAUAAGUCGCCAGUUUGUCACAUCAAACGAUGCAUAUACAGCCGCUCUGAAUGAUGCCAAGAUCGCUCAAAAUAUGAUCAAAAUGCUUAAUGAGUGGGUUCAACCGUACUUCGACAGCGGGGAGCUCAAGGGUCUUAAAGAUGAGGUUAGUCUGCUACUAGAUCGCACAAUUACUCAGAAAGACGUUUUGGAGCGGAUCUUAACAGAUCACGUGCGGGGGACGGCGAUUGUGGCCAACACCUGGUUCCGACCGGUAUUCCACCAUCGGUUUGCCGAAAAAAUCUUGGAUAUACUGGCUCUGGCUCCCCCAUCCGAGAUGAUGCUUCCACACAUGCGAAGCAUCCUCGCUCUUCUCUCAUGGCCGGGUACUUCUGUCCUGACACCAGACUCAGACAGCCUCGCGAGAUGGAGAAGAAGGCCGCAGUCGGAUUUAAAAACACGCUUGGAUGAAAUUGUAAAAAUGGCCGAGGCUUAUCAGAAGCGAUUUUCUUAUCAGGGGUCUGAGUCUGCCCUUAGGCGAUACAUGAACUGAUUUCUGCUGCAAUGUUUUCAGAUAGAUGGAUACUUAUUCAAUGUAUGUUGCGAAGCGUAUGCUUUAGAAACUAGAGAUGAUUUUAAAAACACAGGUAUAGAUUCAUGAAACUUGUAUAAUAUCCUUGGCAAUUUUUGAUUUUUGCUUGGCCUUUUUUGAUGUUAUUCGCCCUUUGAAUGAGGCCUGU